CGGCCAUAUUGCUUCAGCAUGGCCGAUGCAGCGGCAAGAAACCUUCAAUAUGAAUAUAAAGCGAACUCUAACCUUGUGUUGCAAGCCGAUCGGUCUCUCAUUGACCGUAGGCCAAGAGAUGAAGCUACCGGUGAGGUUAUGUCCCUUGCUGGGAAGGUUCAAAAGACCAGAAUGGGUGAUAAAGCCCAGAGAAGUAAGCCACCGAUGAUGGAUGAGAGAAAGGCAAAGAGAAAGAAGCGUGAUGAUGCCCAGCAUGAUAUGAUGAAGAUGAAAGGUGCAACACUCCUCAGUGAAGGCAUUGAAGAUAUGGUUGGGAUCCUCUACAGGCCAAAGACACAAGAAACCAGACAAACAUAUGAAGUUCUGCUCAGUUUUAUCCAGGCUGCUCUUGGAGAUCAGCCCAGGGAUAUUCUUUGUGGUGCCGCAGAUGAAGUUCUGACUGUACUGAAGAACGACAAGAUGAGGGAUAAAGAAAGGAAAAGAGAUAUUGAGGGUCUCCUUGGCAGUAUUGCUGAAGAGAGGUUUGCUCUGCUGGUCAAUUUGGGUAAGAAGAUAACUGACUGGGGAGCUGAUACUAAGAUGCCCACAGAUGAUAACAUUGAUGAAACAUUGGGAGUUAAUGUACAAUUUGAAGAGUCUGAAGAUGAGGAUGAGGCAGAUGUGUUCGGAGAGAUCAGGGAGGGUGAGGAGGAGGAUGAUGAUGAACAGGGAGUUGAGGCUUCUGAACAUGGAACCCUCCAUGCAGAGCUUGCAGGGGGUGAGGAAGCUAUGGGUAAAGUGGUAGAGAAAGGCCUCCACCCCAGAGACAUUGACGCCUACUGGCUGCAGAGGAAACUAGGCAAAUAUUAUGACGAUCCUGUCAUUGCGCAAACAAAGGCCAAUGAAGUCCUUAAUAUAUUGAAAGCAUCUUCUGAUGAUCGUGAGGCUGAGAACCAGUUGGUCGUACUUCUAGGCUUCAAUCAGUUUGACUUCAUCAAGAUUCUAAGACAACAUAGACAGAUGAUUUUAUACUGUACACUUCUGGCCCAAGCACAGAGCGCCUCAGAGAGACAAAAGAUUGUUGAGAAGAUGAACAAUGAUUCUCACUUGUCUAAAAUAUUAAGCAUGUUGGAAGAAACUGAUAAAGAUGAUCCAGUAACUGAGGAAAGGGCACGAAGGGAAUCAUCGCGAAAGUCACGCUCAGAAGUUAGCAUGGACGUUGAUGAGGGAAAGGACCUUGGGCCAGUGAACCAGCUAGACUUAGACGACCUCACAUUUGCCCAAGGCAGUCAUCUGAUGGCAAACAAACGAUGUCAACUCCCCGAUGGUUCAUUUAGAAAGCAAAGAAAAGGUUAUGAAGAGGUCCAUGUUCCUGCACUGAAACCUAAGCCUUUUGAUGCUGAUGAGUCACUGGUUCCUAUAGAAAGACUUCCGAAGUACGCUCAACCCGCCUUUGCUGGCUACAAGAGCUUGAAUCGCAUCCAGUCCAGACUCCACAAAGCUGCCCUCGAGUCUGAUGAAAACUUACUGCUCUGUGCUCCCACUGGUGCAGGAAAAACCAAUGUGGCUCUGCUUACAAUACUCCAUGAGAUAGGCAAACACAUCAACACAGAUGGCACUAUCAACAUUGAUGAGUUCAAGAUCAUAUAUGUUGCCCCCAUGAGAUCUCUUGUCAAUGAGAUGGUUGGCAACUUCACAAAGAGACUCAGUUCAUAUGGGAUUACUGUGUCUGAGUUGACGGGAGAUCAUCAACUCACUAAGGACCAAAUAGUCGCAACUCAGGUUAUUGUAUGUACACCAGAGAAGUGGGACAUCAUCACAAGAAAGGGGGGAGAGAAAACCUACACACAGAUAGUGCGACUCAUGAUUUUUGAUGAGAUUCACUUGCUGCAUGAUGAUCGUGGUCCUGUCUUGGAAUCCCUCGUAGCACGAACAAUCCGUAACAUAGAGACCACACAGGAAGAUGUACGUCUAGUAGGUCUUAGUGCUACGCUGCCCAACUAUGAAGAUGUGGCGACAUUCCUCAGAGUUGACCCAGCUAAAGGUCUCUUCUACUUUGAUAACAGCUUCAGGCCUGUUCCUUUAGAGCAACAGUAUGUUGGUAUCACAGAGAAGAAAGCCAUCAAGCGAUUCCAAGUCAUGAAUGAUAUUGUCUACGAAAAGGUUAUGGAGCAUGCUGGGAAAAAUCAGGUGCUUGUGUUUGUGCACUCAAGAAAAGAAACUGGAAAAACAGCAAGAGCUGUCAGGGAUAUCUGUUUAGAGAAGGACUCUCUGGGAGCUUUCCUUAAGGAGGGUUCUCCCUCGACUGAGAUCCUGAGAACAGAGGCUGAGCAAGUGAAGAACCUAGAGUUGAAGGACCUGCUGCCAUAUGGUUUUGCUAUCCAUCAUGCUGGAAUGACCAGAGUGGAUCGUAUCUUGGUGGAAGAUCUAUUUGCUGAUCGUCACAUCCAGGUCCUUGUCUCCACGGCAACCCUGGCCUGGGGUGUCAACUUGCCAGCCCAUACAGUCAUCAUUAAAGGCACCCAGGUGUACAAUCCAGAGAAGGGCAGAUGGGUAGAACUUGGGGCACUAGAUGUACUUCAGAUGCUUGGUAGAGCUGGUAGACCCCAGUACGACACUAAAGGUGAAGGUAUUCUAAUAACAAACCACAGUGAGCUGCAAUAUUACCUCUCUCUGCUCAAUCAACAGUUGCCAGUAGAGAGUCAGUUCAUAGCUAAACUUCCUGAUCAUUUGAAUGCAGAGAUUGUAUUGGGAACUGUACAGAAUGUGAGGGAAGCUGUACACUGGCUGGGUUACAGUUAUCUUUAUAUAAGAAUGCUGAGGCAGCCUACCCUUUAUGGAAUCUCACAUGACCAGAUUAAAGAAGACAAGCUGUUGGAGCAGAGACGUAAGGACUUGGUGCAUACAGCAGCUGUGGCAUGUGAUAGACACAACCUCAUCAAAUAUGAUAGGAAAACUGGCAACUUCCAGGUGACAGAAUUAGGACGCAUUGCUAGCCAUUAUUACAUCACAAAUGACACCAUGGCAACAUACAACCAGCUACUAAAGCCUACCCUUAGUGAAAUAGAACUUUUCCGUGUGUUCAGUCUCUCUGGAGAGUUCAGGAAUAUCACAGUACGUGAGGAAGAAAAGAUUGAGUUGAUGAAGCUGCUGGAGAGAGUGCCCAUACCUAUUAAGGAGAGCAUUGAAGAGCCAAGUGCUAAGGUGAAUGUCCUUCUCCAGGCUUAUAUCUCCCAACUGAAACUGGAGGGCUUUGCUCUGCAGUGUGACAUGGUGUUUAUUACUCAGUCAGCUGGCCGCUUAAUGAGGGCCAUAUUUGAGAUUGUGCUGCACAGAGGCUGGGCUCAGCUCACUGAUAAAGCACUGGCGCUUUGUAAAAUGAUAGACAAACGCAUGUGGCAGUCUAUGAGUCCAUUGCGACAGUUCAAGAAAAUUCCAGAAGAAGUUGUGAAAAAGAUUGAGAAAAAGAACUUCCCCUGGGACAGAUUCUACGAUCUUGGCUACAAUGAGAUCGGGGAACUGAUCAGGCUGCCAAAGAUGGGAAAAGUUAUACAUAAAUAUGUUCACCAGUUCCCCAAACUUGAUCUUGCAGUCCACAUUCAACCAAUCACACGAUCCACGCUACGAGUGGAGUUAACGAUCACUCCUGAUUUCCAGUGGGAUGAGAAGAUACACGGCAACUCUGAGGCAUUCUGGGUGCUAGUUGAAGAUGUCGACAGUGAGGUGAUUCUGCACCAUGAAUAUUUCCUGCUCAAGUCAAAGUUUGCUACAGAUGAGCACAUCAUUAAGUUCUUUGUGCCUGUGUUUGAGCCUUUACCCCCUCAGUACUUCAUUAGGGUCGUCUCUGACAGGUGGAUAGCAUCUGAGACUCAACUUCCCGUGUCUUUCCGACAUCUAAUCCUGCCUGAGAAAUAUCCACCACCUACAGAGCUGCUAGAUCUUCAGCCCUUGCCUGUCUCUGCUCUCAGGAAUUCAGGGUUUGAGGCACUUUACAGCGAGAAGUUCCCCUUCUUUAACCCUAUCCAGACUCAAGUGUUCAACACAGUCUAUAACACAGAUGACAAUGUGUUCAUUGGGGCACCUACAGGGAGUGGAAAGACGAUUUGCGGGGAGUUUGCCAUCUUACGUAUGUUGGCUCAGAAUCCUGAUGGUAAAUGUGUCUAUGUAACACCUAUGGAUUCAUUAGCUGAACAGGUCUACAGUGACUGGCACAAUAAGUUUAGUCUUCAACUUGGCAAGAAGGUUGUCCUCUUAACUGGAGAGACUGGUACAGACUUGAAACUUCUAGCCAAGGGUAAUAUCAUAAUUAGUACUCCUGGCAACUGGGACGUUCUAUCCAGAAGGUGGAAACAGCGUAAGAAUGUACAAAACGUCAGUGUGUUUAUCGUUGAUGAGUUACAGCUGAUAGGUGGAGAGGAUGGUCCCGUCCUAGAAGUCAUUUGCUCCAGGAUGCGGUAUAUUUCAUCACAGAUUGAGCGCAAUAUACGAAUCAUCGCCCUUGGAUCAUCGCUAUCAAAUGCUAAGGAUGUCGCCCAAUGGUUGGGUGCUAGUGCUAAUGGAACGUUCAACUUCCAUCCAAAUGUCCGCCCAGUACCCCUCGAACUUCACAUCCAGGGUUUCAAUAUUACCCAUAAUGCCUCCAGAAUCGUCGCAAUGGGCAAACCAGUGUAUCACGCCAUUACAAAACAUUCACCCAAGAAACCAGUAGUUGUGUUUGUGCCAUCUAGGAAGCAGACACGGCUGACAGCAAUUGAUAUUUUGACAUUCUGCGCAGCAGAUAUGCAACCAAGCAGAUUCCUGCAUGUAGAGGAGUCAGAUCUGGAACCAUUCCUGGAGAAGAUGACAGAUAAGACUCUAAAAGAGACAGUGAGCAAUGGUGUGGCGUAUCUACAUGAGGGAUUAACAGAGUUGGAACACAAACUCAUUGAGCAGUUGUUUAACAGUGGAGCUAUACAGGUGGCUGUUGUCUCUAGGAGUCUCGCAUGGGCAAUCAACAUUGCAGCACAUCUUGUAGUUGUCAUGGAUACACAAUAUUAUAAUGGAAAGAUCCACGCAUACGAGGACUACCCUGUUACAGAUGUCUUACAGAUGAUUGGUCGAGCCAACAGACCAUUGAAAGAUGAUGAUGGGAAGGCUGUCCUCCUUUGUCAAACUUCAAAAAAAGAUUUCUUCAAAAAAUUCCUCUAUGAACAAUUACCAGUUGAGUCUCAUUUGGACCAUUGUAUGCACGACCAUUUCAAUGCAGAGAUUGUCACCAAGACGAUAGAAAACAAACAAGAUGCGGUCGAUUACAUGACCUGGACUUUCCUGUAUAGACGUAUGACACAGAAUCCCAACUAUUACAAUCUACAGGGUGUCUCACACAGACAUCUCAGUGACCACUUGUCUGAACUGGUGGAGAAUACUCUCUCAGAUCUAGAGCAGUCCAAGUGCAUCAGCAUUGAGGAUGAGAUGGACAUCUCCCCAUUGAAUCUUGGCAUGAUCUCAGCCUAUUACUACAUCAACUACACAACUAUAGAGCUGUUCAGUAUGUCUCUCAAUGCUAAGACAAAGAUACGAGGCCUCAUAGAGAUUAUCUCUAAUGCUGCAGAGUAUGAGGAACUUUCCAUCAGGCAUAAUGAAGACUCUAUUCUCAAACAGUUAGCUGCUAAGCUGCCUAACAAGAUAAACAACCCCAAGUUUAACGACCCCCAUGUGAAGACAAACCUGUUAAUCCAGGCUCAUCUCUCCAGAAUGCAACUCUCUGCAGAACUACAGUCAGAUACUGAACAAAUACUGAAUAAGGCUGUGAGGUUAAUUCAAGCUUGUGUGGAUGUACUUAGUAGUAAUGGGUGGUUAUCUCCAGCCCUGGCUGCUAUGGAGCUGGCUCAAAUGGUUACCCAGGCAAUGUGGAGCAGAGACUCCUAUCUUAAACAACUCCCACAUUUCUCUGCAGACCUCGUCAAGGCUUGUCAAGAGAAGUCUGUUGACACUAUAUUUGAUGUCAUGGAGAUGGAAGAUGCAGACCGCAAUGAACUCCUCAAGAUGACUGAGGCUCAAAUGGCGGAUGUUGCAAGGUUCUGUAACAGAUACCCGAACAUUGAGCUUACCUAUGAGGUCCAGGAUAAGGCUUCUAUCUCAAGUGGCUCACCUGUAAAUAUUGUUGUCACCCUGGAGCGUGAGGAUGACGUGUCUGGGCCUGUUAUUGCCCCGUUCUUCCCGCAGAAACGUGAAGAAGGCUGGUGGGUGAUUAUAGGAGACACCAAGUCGAACUCGCUCAUCUCAAUUAAACGUCUCACCCUCCAACAGAAAGCCAAGGUGAAACUGGACUUUGUAGCCCCCGCAGUGGGCCACCAUAGCUACAUGUUGUACUAUAUGAGUGAUGCAUAUCUCGGCUGUGAUCAGGAAUAUAAGUUCUCGAUUAAUGUACAGGAAGCUGAUAGUGGAUCUGAUGCCUCUGAUAGUGAUUAAAUUUGAAUGCGUCAGGUUGUAAUUUAAACCACAAAUAUUUUGGAGAUUAGAUAUUAAUGUAACUAUUGGAAUUUCUUUCACAAGUGACAACAUUUUGACACCAUCCAUAAGGAGUUAAGCAUAUAAGCGACUGUAACAAUAAUCAUGAAUCUGAAGCACAUCCAACUUGCAAAAGUUGCAACUAAUGUACACAAUUAACUUUCUACCUGUUUCGACAGGGUGUCAUAUGAAGAAACAUUCAGAUUAUGUAUUGCUGUUUUCAAACAGUGGCAAAACUAUGGAAUGGAUAUUUUUUAAAAUAAACAUGAAUGAAAUAUAC